AUGACCCAAAUAGAGCCAAUACCAAUUGGAACCGGCACUGAAGUUCAUUACAGAGGAGAACACGAGUAUCUUUUGCUCACAAACUCAAAUCAUGAAGCAUUUUCGCUUCGUGAAAAAACACCAAAAGGCAAAGAACUUCUUGUCAUAUCAAUGUAUUAA